CCCCCGCAACGAAUCACUUGUCAGAUCAAUUUUAUCUUUACCCUCCUCCCUACUUCCCACUCUCCCCUCCGCACCCAUCGACAACCCCGGGGUUGGUUGGUUUGUUUUUCAGCUUAGGCGUUUUACAAACCUUAUAUGUUUUUCGGAUUGUGAUGUUUUUAUCAUCGCCCCCCUCCUCUCCCAUGGCUACUCUUGUAGACAUCUAUUUCUGCCCUUCCCCCGCUUAGGGGGCGGGGGUAGGGGGAGAGAAAAUAAUACAAUUUCAGGGGAAGUCGCCUUCAGGUCUGCUGCUUUUUUUUUUUUUAAAUAAUUAAAAAAAAAAAGGGACAUAGAAAACAUCAAUCUUGAACUCCUCUUCAAGAACCCGAGCUGCUAAGGAAAUCUUCUUUGUUUUUGUUAUUUAUACGCUGUCAAGUUUUGAAGUGGUGAGUUUCAGGUGAUCUUUAGAGGGUAACUGAGCAUGGAUCAUUUGAACGAGGCAACUCAGGGGAAAGAACAUUCAGAAAUGUCUAACAAUGUGAGCGAUCCGAAGGGUCCACCAGCCAAGAUUGCCCGCCUGGAACAGAACGGCAGCCCACUGGGAAGAGGAAGGCUUGGGAGCACAGGUGCAAAAAUGCAGGGAGUGCCUUUAAAACACUCGGGCCAUCUGAUGAAAAGCAACCUUAGGAAAGGAACUAUGCUACCGGUUUUCUGCGUAGUGGAACAUUAUGAAAACGCCAUUGAAUACGACUGCAAGGAGGAGCAUGCGGAAUUUGUGCUGGUGAGAAAGGACAUGCUUUUCAACCAGCUGAUAGAAAUGGCAUUGCUGUCUCUGGGCUACUCGCAUAGCUCAGCUGCCCAGGCCAAAGGGCUCAUCCAGGUUGGAAAGUGGAACCCAGUGCCACUCUCCUACGUGACAGAUGCCCCUGAUGCUACAGUAGCGGAUAUGCUUCAAGACGUGUACCAUGUGGUCACAUUGAAAAUUCAGUUGCACAGUUGCCCCAAACUAGAAGACUUGCCUCCCGAACAGUGGUCGCACACCACCGUGAGGAAUGCUCUGAAGGACUUACUGAAAGACAUGAACCAGAGUUCGCUGGCCAAGGAGUGCCCCCUUUCACAGAGUAUGAUUUCGUCCAUUGUGAACAGCACUUACUAUGCAAAUGUCUCAGCAGCAAAAUGUCAAGAAUUUGGAAGGUGGUACAAACAUUUCAAGAAGACAAAAGAUAUGAUGGUUGAAAUGGAUAGCCUUUCGGAACUAUCCCAGCAAAGCGCCAACCAUGUCAACUUUGGCCAGCAGCCGGUCCCAGGGAACACAGCCGAGCAGCCUCCAUCCCCCGCACAGCUCUCCCACGGCAGCCAGCCCUCUGUCCGGACCCCUCUUCCCAACCUGCACCCUGGGCUUGUAUCAACGCCCAUCAGUCCUCAGUUGGUCAACCAGCAGCUGGUGAUGGCUCAGCUGCUGAACCAGCAGUAUGCCGUGAAUAGACUUUUAGCCCAGCAGUCCUUAAACCAACAGUACUUGAACCACCCUCCCCCCGUCAGUCGGUCUAUGAACAAGCCUUUGGAGCAGCAGGUUUCAACCAACACAGAGGUGUCUUCCGAAAUCUACCAGUGGGUACGUGAUGAACUGAAACGAGCAGGAAUCUCCCAGGCAGUGUUUGCACGUGUGGCUUUUAACAGAACUCAGGGCUUGCUUUCAGAAAUCCUCCGGAAGGAAGAGGACCCCAAAACUGCCUCCCAGUCUUUGCUGGUAAACCUGCGGGCCAUGCAGAACUUCCUGCAGUUACCUGAAGCUGAAAGGGACCGCAUUUACCAGGAUGAAAGGGAAAGGAGUUUGAAUGCUGCCUCGGCUAUGGGUCCUGCCCCCCUGAUAAGCACACCUCCCAGCCGGCCUCCCCAGGUGAAAACAGCUACUAUUGCCACGGAGCGGAAUGGGAAACCAGAGAACAAUACCAUGAACAUUAAUGCUUCCAUUUAUGACGAGAUUCAGCAGGAAAUGAAGCGAGCGAAAGUGUCCCAAGCACUGUUUGCUAAGGUGGCGGCAACCAAAAGCCAGGGCUGGUUGUGUGAGCUGUUACGCUGGAAGGAAGAUCCUUCUCCAGAAAACAGGACUCUGUGGGAGAACCUCUCCAUGAUUCGAAGGUUCCUCAGCCUUCCUCAGCCAGAGCGUGAUGCCAUUUAUGAACAGGAGAGCAACGCGGUGCAUCACCAUGGCGACCGGCCGCCCCACAUCAUCCACGUUCCAGCAGAGCAGAUUCAGAGCCCCUCUCCCACCACCCUUGGGAAAGGAGAGUCUAGAGCCGCUUUCUUACCAGGCCUGCCGACCCCCGCACCAUGGCUCGGUGCUGCUCCCCAGCAGCAGCAGCAGCCGCAGCCCCAGCCCCAGCAGCAGCAGCCGCCGCAAGCGCCCCCGCCGCCGCUGCCGCAGCCCCGGGAGCAGGCCGGCCCUCGGCUGCCCCCGCGGCAGCCCCCCGUGGCCUCGCCCGCCGAGGCGGAGGAGGAGAGCCGUCCGAAGGCCCGGCCGCGCACCAAAAUCUCCGUGGAAGCCCUGGGCAUCCUGCAGAGCUUCAUCCAAGACGUGGGCCUGUAUCCUGAUGAAGAGGCCAUCCAGACUCUGUCGGCGCAGCUCGACCUCCCCAAGUACACCCUCAUCAAGUUCUUUCAGAACCAGCGCUAUUAUCUCAAGCACCACGGCAAGCUGAAGGACAACUCCGGGCUGGAGGUGGACGUGGCCGAGUACAAAGAAGAGGAGCUGCUUAAGGAUUUGGAAGAGAGCAUCCAAGAUAAAAAUGCCAACACCCUGUUUUCCGUGAAACUAGAAGAAGAGCUCUCGGUGGACGGCAACACAGACAUUAGCGCGGACUUGAAAGACUGAAAUAAAAGUAUUAUUUUCCUUCGACAGUGCCACUGGUAAUUUACUAACAACGCGACAAGUCCGCCCCGUAUUCUCUCUGAAAACCUUGGUGGUUCAUUGUUUGGCCAAUGACUCUUGAGAAACUUGCACAAACAGGAAAGUUGGGAAAGGCUAAUACAGACUGCAGCACACAGUGUCUCGCUGUUUGACAAACUGCUGGGCAGCCCAGGUGAGGCAUCAAGGAUUGUUUGGUGUUAACAUUUGUACUCACGGGAGGCACCACGGUGUGUGCCUCGUAAGCAUGACCCCAGUGAUUUUAUGGUUUUUAUCAUAGUUUAUUUUAUUUUUUAAUUCUGGAGCCUUCAAACAAGCAUUAUAACUUCUGUGAUGAUUAUUUUCCUUUCCUUUAAUUAUUUCUGUCACACUCCACACUGAUCUUUGGAAACUCGCCCCCUAUUUAAAAAAAAAAAGAAAAAGAAAAAAAAAAGAGUUUGUUACUCUAUUGUAUGUUACAAAAGAACUACAGACUGUGGAAUGCAGUUUAAAAAUGACAUAUGCCAACAAAUGCCUUGUGUUAUAUGGCUCUGCCGUAAUUCAAAUUUGUUUUUACUUUUGGAAAUAACAGGUCACUGUAAUUUUUUUUUCAUUCUCAUUGUUAAACAAUUAAAAAAAAGAGGAGACGAAAAGAAAAUGUGAAACACGAUUUAGUCCUCAUUAUUUAUUUGUAGAUCCUGCAGCAUCAGGUUGUAAUUAAUUUUUUGGAAGUUUCCGUUAAGUGUACUGUUGCUUCUCUUGUUACCCAUACUGAUUUGUUUUGUUUUGUUUUUUCUAUUUAUAAAUGUAUUUUGAUGGGCAGUAAAACAAAGUGUCUUAAAAAGUUUUAAAUAGAGAAAAUGUGCUUUACACAGUUGCCUAUAAAAAGUGCUCUAUGUUAUCCAAGCAAUUCAUACUAUAAGCUUCACUCUUACUGUUGGAUGCAAUUUUUACUAUCAUGCAAAUAAGCUUAGGUAAAUAAAACUAAUAGAUCACCUUAGAAAAUUAUGCAAUUAAUGUGAAAAUAAUUGAUGUUUGCAAUGUGUCUUCCUUUGGUUUACAAUCAACUUUAAAGCUACAUCUGUAUAAAAUUUCUGUAUAAAGGUGUAUUUCUUUUUUUAUGAGUUUAUGGCUAUGAAAACACCAGCUAUUUUGUUACAGCUGGCUGUUUUUAUAAGUGUAUCACAAUUUUCUUUAUGCAGAAAUGUCCUGAUUAGGAGUGGUUAUUGACUGUAACUACACAAUUAAACUUGUUUGUAUGGUA